AUGGCGACCUCCACCUGGCUCAUUACAGGCUCUUCACGUGGACUUGGUCUCGAGAUCGUAAGGCAGCUGAUCAGGUCUCCCGCCAACCUCGUCAUUGCGACAUGUCGCAAUCCGGCCGCAGCUACUGCGCUGCAGGCACUUAGGGGCGAUUCAAAAGGGCCGCUUCACGUUGUUCCGCUGGACGUUAGCGACCCCGACUCCAUCAGGAGCUCGGUUAAGACAGUCGAAGAUAUCCUUGGUGAUCAAGGGCUCGACUAUCUCUACAACAACGCUGGGAUCAGCCCGGGUAUCGAGCCUGCCUUCGACUUUGAGUACUCAGACUUGCUUGAAACACUUAAAAUCAAUAUCGCGGCGCCUGCGCUGAUAUCGCAAGUUUACCUUCCCCUUGUUGAGAAGAGCAAUCGCAAAGUCAUCAUCAAUGUCUCGAGUGGGCUUGGCAGCAUCGGGCUCGAUCGGGGCUCCGUAUACUCUGCGUACAGCGUCACUAAAGCCGGGCUUAACAUGCUGACGUACAAGCAGGCAAAGGCUAAACCCGACCUCAUCGUGAUCACGCUGGCUCCCGGGUGGACCAAGACAGGCGAGUACAUGGGAGGACCCAAUGCCGUGCUCGAGCCAUAUCAGAGUGUUGAAGGGCAGCUCAAGGUAGUAACGGGUUUGACGCCGCAGGAUUCUGGAAAAUUCUUCGAUUAUACUGGCGAGAUCCUACCGUGGUAA